AUGGCAAGUAUUGAAGAAAUCAGACAAGAGUUGGCGAAGGCUGAGAAGCAGCAGCAGAAGGUGAAGAAAGCGGUGAAGGAGUUUAAGGAAGACGAGAACGAAGGGAAGUGGUUGACAGAGUUAAAGGGGAAGCUGCAGAGAAAAGAAGGACUUGACGAGGUGGAGAAGCGGGCAUGGGAGGAUCUUAUAGAGAAGGAGAAGCAUCUGGAGAUAGAGGUUAGCAAUUCUUCUGUGAUGGGUUCUACCAUCAAGAAACAUCCAAACUAUCUAACUCUCGAAAAUUGUGAGUUUUUGGAUGAGCUCACAUCUGAAGAAAUACGCAUCAUUAAAAAAAAAUAUGCCCAUAUUAAUAAGAAUUCACCAAACCGUAAUAACGAUUGGAAAAGGGAAACCCAAGAUGUGCACCCUUGGGUUCAGGAGGUUUACAAAUCUUUGGCGGAAAUAUGGUAG